CACAUGAUCUGCAUUUGCUGACAAACCCGGAAGUGGCAGACGGUUCCAUGGCUGCAGAAGCUAAAGAAAGUGAGGAGCUUUCAGCAAAGCCGGAAGAUUCAGAGGACUCCGAUUCCAGUGAAGAAAGCAGUGGGGCCUCAGAAAUGGAUUUCCUGCGCAGUCUUUUCUCACGGACACUGGGCAUUGGAACCCCAGAAAAAGUCCUUGAUGAGCUGAGCCUGGAAGGUGUGAGCAAGUUCAUACAGAGUGACAAAUGUAAGAAUGUGGUAUUUAUGGUGGGAGCUGGCAUCUCAACAUCUGCAGGAAUUCCUGACUUCCGCUCGCCUGGCAGCGGUCUAUACUCUAACUUGGCGAAGUACAACCUGCCAUACCCUGAGGCCAUUUUUGAAAUUGGAUUCUUUAAGCAAAAUCCGGAACCGUUUUUUGCCUUGGCUCGAGAAUUGUAUCCUGGGCAAUUCAAGCCUACAAUUUGUCAUUAUUUUAUAAAGCUAAUGAAAGAAAAGGGGCACUUACUACGUUGCUAUACUCAGAAUAUUGACACAUUGGAGAGGGUGGCUGGACUGUCUACUGAUGACCUGGUGGAAGCUCAUGGCACUUUUAAUACCUCACAUUGUAUUGGAACGUUUUGCGGGGCAGAGUAUCCUCUCACGUGGAUGAAAGAAAAGAUAUUUUCUGAAUUGAUCCCAAAGUGUGACAAAUGUGACAAUGUGGUCAAACCAGAUAUUGUGUUUUUUGGCGAAAGUCUUCCAUCCCGAUUCUUCUCUGCAAUUAAGUCUGAUUUCUCUAAGAUUGACCUCCUUAUUGUAAUGGGAACGUCUUUGCAGGUUCAGCCAUUUGCAUCACUAAUUAGCAAGGUUCCUAGUAAAACACCCCGACUCCUGAUAAACAAAGAAAAAACAGGAGAGGGAGACCCAAUUUUUAAUCUUCUGGGUUUUGGAGGAGGAAUGGACUUUGAUUCAGAAAAAGCAUAUAGGGAUGUUGCGUGGCUUGGAAAUUGUGAUGAUGGCUGCCUUGCUUUAGCUGAUCUCUUGGGGUGGAAGGCCGAGUUGGAAGAAAUGGUUAAGAAAGACCAUGCAGCAAUAGAUUCAAAGACAAAGAAGUCAGAGAGCAAAACAGAACCCACAGGAAACCAGGAGCAAUGUGCAAAAAAGCAAGAUGAAAAGACAGUCGAGUGAUCAGUUUGCUUAAAUUCAUGAAUCGUAGAAAUCCUCUUUCUUAUAUCCUCAUUAGUGCAGUUUGUAACAUUGCAGGUGAAAGGAAUAAAGUGUGAAAAUGCUAAUUGUAUAUAAUCCGAAUUAUUUUAGGCUUUGAGCUCUUUCUUAUCUGCAGUUAAAACCGAGCAUUUUCUGUUUCUAUAACCACUACUUCUUGCUUGUGUGUAAAAUUGUACUUUGUCCCAUACAUCCUGGAGAGGCCAAAAAAAGGUGUUUAAUGUCCUUUUAAGUUCAUUUAUGUAGCUGUAAUUUAUUGACUAACUUAUGAAUGUAUAUUAACUUCUGGGUUUGUUUUAGAAAUUGCCUUUUAUUUUAUUUGGUAUCAUACUUCAAUCCUAUAUAUUCUUAAAAACUCGGAGUACACAGGUCAUAUCAACUUGCCUUACAGGAAAUGGUCAGUUUAUCCGUUUUCUAUGGUACUCUGUUCUCUGAUCUCAUUUAGCUACAACAAAUGAAUAGUAACAUUUUAUGAUUCAAGCAACCUUACCGUAAACUUCAUGUAUGUAAAAAUCUUUUUAUUAAAGUGUAAUUUAAAGUGAAGAUAAA